GUGUUUCGAUGGCUGCUAGCGAGGCGUCAAUGGCUGCCUCGGAGCCGUCUUCAGCUGGCAGCAGCGUGCGCGACUUUCACGACUUGACGGACGUCCUGCCAUCGAUAUGCGGCUUCUUCACUCUCGGGGAGUUGGCGGUGUUCGCCAGAUGCUGCUCAGCCACAGACAGAGUGGUGAGAGCCCACAAAGAAAGCGAUAGCACUCCAUCUCUUCAUCAAUCAUUCGCUCUGUUUGUGCGGGCAGGCUCGUCUUGAGAUAGUGUGGGCCCCUCGUCUGCGUCUGACUCAGUUUGCCUUCCCUGACUUCUCGCUGCGGGGCAGCGAAGCGCUGAGCAAGAACCCAUGGCGGUUCGCACACGUCAAACACAAACUCAGGUACAGCACCGCCCUCACAUUGAAUGAAAGAGGGCAGGCUUGGCUCUCAUCCCUUGUGUGUGCCGUGUGUGUCAGGCUCGGUUUGGCGGCGUAUGAGCGCCGAGAUUUUGCCCUGGCUAUCCGGCACUACGCUGUGGCUCACCAGGUGCACAAGGAGAGAGCCAACGUCCGGCUUGUGGAGGGCAGGAUGGAUGCUCUGCUGCUGUGUGAAUGUCGUCCAGAUUGCCCCGACCAACGAAACGGUGCUGACCCGCAAAGCGGGUAAGAGUGCGUGACAGAUUGACAGAUGGAUGGAAGACGAUUGCGAUGGGCUUGAUGGACUGACUGAUGGCACGCACUCGUGGCUUUCAUGGCUUGCUUCAGAUGCGCACUAUGCUAACGACGAGAAAGACGUUGCACAGGAACUCUACAGGUGAGCCACACAUGAAGAAGAAACCAACAGCAUCCAGGCGGCAGCCCACACACACGGAUCCGCCUGCCUGGUGUGCCCCCGCAGGCGUGCCAUAGAGGUGAAUGAGGACAGCUCCUAUGGCUGGAAUGGGCGUUCGCUCGAGGAGGGCAUCCCGGAAGCUGAGGCCAUCAGCCGUCUCGAGAGGGCCACACGACUCAACCCGAGCAACUCGUAUGCGCUGAGCAACCUGGCCUCCAAGUGAGUGAGCAAACAGACAGACACAGAUGGACAGACAGAUGGACAGUAGUAUCGAGUAAUCACAUAUGUAUGUCCAUUCUGCCCUCUUUUUGUCCACAGGUUGGUUUCGCGUGAUUCGUCGCGUGCUCUGGAGGUGUUAAACCGAGCGCUGGCACUCAACCCGCGACUUUUCUACGCCCGACACACCAAGGUUCAAUGCACUCACAGCCAGGAGACGAUCAACGAAUAUCUCAUGUUUUCCUGCCUGUUGUGUGUCAGGCUGUACUUUUGGCGCGCCGGGGCCAGCUGAGUGAAGCCAUUCGGUAGAGAAGAGAUGGACGACCACCCAACGGGUGGAUGGAUUGAGGUAUCUGUGACCUUUCUGCCUGUCGUGUCAGAGUGUUGGAUGAGCAAGUUGAAGUCCACCCCGAUGACCAAACCGGCAGGUCAGUGACCACCCACACCCACAUGCAUGUUGAUCCACCUGCCUGUCUGCUCUCAUCCAUCAACCAUAGGCAUCUGCGCGACGACCUGCAUCGCAUGGAGGUGAUGCGUCGGCUGGUGCACCAGGCGAUCGCCCAGCCCUUCAUGCCACCCCCUCCUCAGCCGGUGGGGAAUGGUGGAGAUGCCGAGGGCGACGGGGGGGCGGGGACGGGGGAGAUGGAAGACGUGGACUGACUAGAGUGGGUGGUAGACGCCUGUGUGCGCAUGCAUAUGUGUGUGUGGGGGGGGUGUGGCGAACUGUAAAACAUAGAGCGGGCGACGGACACAUCUUGCAUGUCAAAUAAGAAGUCUCGAA